UGCAGGGAAUUUCGAAACCUAUAUAUUCUAACUGUUCCUCUUGUGACGCGAGCAAUCUACAUACGUCGGGCUGGAAGCCUACAGCUCACUGAAGUCUCCCUGCCUCGUAAAAACACCGUCACGCACUCCUCACUCACUCACUCACUCGCACGACAUGCCUUACACACUCGACAACGUGGCUCUCGUGACGCUCAACACUGUCUAUGCAACGAGCAUUGUCCUGACAAAUCUGUUGCUUAUUGUAGCGUUGCUGAAUUCCAGCACGCUUCUGAGAAAAAAUAACUACCUCUACACGUUGAGCAUCUCGCUCAGCGAUUUGCUUGUCGGCGCCGGCUGGUUCUACAACGGGCUGCACCGUGACGCAGACGAUGGCACCAUAUCUUACAAAAGCCCCCAGUGGGUAUUUUUGUCAAUUCACGGCAUUUCCAUGAUGACCUUUCUCGGCGCUGUGAUUGACAGGUAUUACGCAGUGCAGCACCCGUUUAAAUACGUGCGGGUAAUGACGAGGGCCAAAGUCGUGGUGAUCAUUGCCUUCAUUUGGCUCAUUCCCCUCGUGGUGCUCAGCCUGGAGUCGCAAUCCCCGAUAUACUACAGCGUGACUUAUCAAGGUUACUCCACCACAGCCUUUUCAUUUUUGAUGAUUGGGUCAAUUGUGACCUUAAAUGUGAGGAUUUACGGCAUUGUUAAAAAUCAGCAAGAAAGAGACGGGUACAUUGCCAGGAGCUCCAAAAACAAUUCCACUUUGCUUAUUGUAUUGGCCGCUGCUAUCUUCAUCAUCCUUUGGGCACCUUCGAUGAUAUAUACAGCUAUUUGCUCCACGGCUGACGUCUGCCAACGUUUCCCCAAAGAACACUUAAUCAUCUUGUCGAACAUCAGAAUGAUGAACACACUUAGCACCCCGAUCAUCUUCUUGGCCGCAAGUCCUCUGACGAGAGCGUCUCUCAACGGCCUCGCAAUUCGCCUACGUCUCAAAAGAUCCCAAGUCCAACCCGGUGAUUGUCAAGUUGGAGCAGCCACUGCCCGCCAGAUGAACUAAUAAACAUAACGGGGACGUGGAUCUGCGAUUGUGGUCCCGUGUUUCCGCACCACAUGAUGAUGACAUGAUUUACGGAGCACGCAUUUCUACAUAUUGCUUGAUAUUUGCACGUGACUCUUUUGCAUAGCACGAAAUAAAAAAAAAGUCGCUCAUACGUAUAUACGUACAGACAAAGGGCGCAUUAUUAUAACGCAUAACUAUUACGCUUCAGGCAAUUCUCGUUAUCAGCCACGGUCUAGUCACUGCUGGAUGAAGGCCACCGCCUCACGCGCCCCGCGAUGCGAGAUUCCAUCCAUCCCCUGCACAGGAGCGGCGAUUCAUUGCUCCGUAUCCACGGAGGGCGAUCCUUCACGGGGGCGUCGUCUCUCCUUUGGCUGCCACUGUCAUUUCGCCCCUACCGCUGGACAUCAUCCCAUCUCACGACAUUUCCUGCCCAACUCCAUUGCACAUUCCACUAAGUGGGAGUGUACCCUGAAGACUGGCAAUUUGCAACUUGUGAAUACAACACUGCUCUGUGCACCUCAAAUAAUUUGGCCGUUUAAAUGAGCAAUUAUUUCCAUUUCAAGUCUAUGCAUUUUUUUAAAAUUGCUCUUUUAUAUAUAUAUAAAAAAAAAACAUGUAACGUCGUUCACACGGAAGGGAUAUGUUGCUGGCAAGUCCUCUGUUGCAUACGAGCUCACGAGUUGCGUUGUGCAAUCUGAAGAGUUCGUAUUCGUUUAGAAAUUCUAGGUCCAAUCUAUCGCGUUGGCUUUAGAACAAAGUUACCCACCACCCCCCCUCCCUCCCACGACUCUUGCUGUAUUCAUAUAGGGUGCGGCUCUUUCAUCUGACGGAUAUAACAUUAACUGUGAACCUUAUAUGAUCUUGUCUAUUAUUAAAUACACACGAGUAACACUCAUGAGUGUUGUUCUGCUUCACGGGAGCUGUUGUCAUUAAAAGGUAAUCACGCCGUCUUAGCAAUGCGCACGCAACAACACUGGCGUCUUCAUUGGCAACUCGCAAAUGCUGCACCAUCAAGCAAGCCCUUCCCUCCGGGCUACAUUUAAAUUACAUUUAGAACAAGCCAAUUUGAUUGUUUCAUCUUAACAAUGUAAAUUUUAAAUGCUGAAAAGCGCAAUUUAACGGGCAGCACUCACGGCACGCAUGCAUAUAAGGCCACACCAUCCAUAUUUGGCUCAAUUCCCACAAGCAUAACCUGUGUCGUUCAUCUCGGGAAUUAAAACAAAAAACAAUCGAUAUAUCCUAACAGUUUGUUCAAUCUUGUGAGGGAAGCCAUUCGGGGAACAGUGUGCCAGUUGCAUGCGGUCUGUCGUUUUCACUUCCUUGCCGAGAAGAAGGAGGAGGAGGAGGAGAGACCAGACAUGGCCCGGUCGAUCGUAGCUCAGGUGGACACAAUUGGCGAAGGGCACGCCGAUGGCGUUUCACAUUUCUCUACGCGACGAGCAUCGUCUCGGCAAAUUUGUUGCUCCUCAUUGCGAUCUGCAACUCGAAGUCCAUUCUGAGGAGGAACAACUUCAGUUUACGCGUUAAGCAUCGCAGGUCUGCGACCUGACUGCGGGCGCCGGUUGGUUCUACAACGGCCUUCACGAUAUCAACGACAGCACCGGGCUGUACUUCGGCGUGGCGAAGAUCUUUCCCCACCAUUCACGGCGUGUCUCUGAUAACCCUCAUGUGUGCGACUUUAGGCCGCUACUACGCCGUGCAAUCUCCUUUCAAAUACAAGCAUUGCAACGACGAGGACAAAGGUUCUCUUAAUGAUAUCGGCGUUAUGUGGGCAUUUCCGAUAAUAACGUUGGUUGUGCAAGGUGCACUGCCGGGCGAAUCGGGUGAUGCGUAUCACGGUUUCUCGACUCUCAUAUUUUCGGCGUUCACGCUCGUCGUCAUGAUGCUUCUCAGUCUGAGGCUUUGCAUGGUCACUAAAAGUGGCAACAGAGCAGAUAAAUCAAUUCUGAGCACGCUUACAAAAACAGAUCCGCCUGUCUCAUUGUCAUCACGUCAACAUUCGUUCUCAUUUUCUGGCCACCCUGCCUCUUUUAUAUCAUCAUUUGCUUCGCCGUCAGUGGCGUGUCUUCACGUUGAGAACUAAGCUACAGAAAAAAAAUCCGCUUGUGUUUAUCCGCAUGUUAAACACGCUGAGCACGCCGAUCAUCUUCCUGCUGGGUAGCCCGCUGACCAGAUCUUCUCUGAAGGACCUGGCGCAGCGUCUCCGUGGCAAAAGGGUAACCCGAUUUUCUGUUGCUUGCGUACAUUUUUUUGGUUAGUUUGUUUGUUACGUGC